GCAGAAACAAGCCAAAGUGCUGCUAGAAACAAACUGCACUUUCAAUUAAUCAGGGUUUAAGUAUCAUUUUGUGUUCUGCCACAGUCCUUAAUGAUUCUCAUGGAAAGCAGCCUAUGAAAGCGUCACAGGGCAGUGGUGACACUCCACCCUUUGUUGCCAAUGUUACAGCUCUGUAAGAUCACUGAUUCUUUGCUAAUCAGUAAUUCUAGAUCAGCUUGCAACAAAGAACUCCUCACUCAAGAGGGAGUUACAUUCUGUAUUAAUGUCUCCAGGCAGCAGCCAUUCCCAGGCCUUCACCAAGUUCGAAGCCUGCGGGUUCCUGUUUUUGAUGACCCUUUGGAGGACUUGUAUAACUAUUUUGAACAGUGCAGCAAUGCCAUAGAGGACACAGUACGAAGUGGUGGAAAAUGCUUAGUUUACUGUAAAAAUGGCCGCAGCAGAUCUGCAGCAAUCUGCACUGCCUAUCUGAUGAGACACCAAAAUCUCACUCUCAAGGAUGCCUUUGAGACUGUGAAGACUGCCAGACCAGGAGUAGAGCCCAACACAGGAUUCUGGUCUCAGCUGCAGAGAUAUGAAGAACAUUUACAGAUGCAGCAUCAGUUGGGUCAUUCUUCUGAAAAAAUGAUUUCUUCCAAAUAUAAUUCUGAUUAAAUUUUUUUUUCAAAGUUAAACACAAUUGCUUCUGAAAGGCCUAGCAGGGCUGCAAAACCAACUAGAAGAACAUAAUACAUCCAGCCUUCUCUAUGUAUUUUUGAGGUUUGCAUGACAUUCAGAUUCUGCAGAUUUAAAAAAAAAAUUCUAACCUUUAUGGGUGUAAAGAUAAUCUUCCAAAUAUGAACAGUAUAACCAAAGCAGUAUUAUUUUCCCCAAUCCUGUAUAAACCUACAACAAUGACAUGAGGUGUGAAUUUCCUGAUUCUCCAUUCAGCUCAGUGGGGUGCUAACUUUAAAGCCUAAUGAAGACUAAGUAUUUAACUAUUGAUCAUUUUAGCAGAUGAAAAGGGGUAGGAGAGCAGCCCACAGGUGGUGGAAAUUGCUGCAGGGAAAAAGGUACCGAGUGAAGCAAGGAAGAGAAAUGAAGAGGGACAAACGGAACAGAUAGGGAAGGGAAAAAAGUGGCCCUGUCCUAAUGGUUUGCAUGUUUUCCCUUUUGAGUGAUUCUAAAUAGGACAAUAGGAUGCUGAACAAAUAACCUUUCAUUACUACAUACAGGCUAUAUUCUACCCUUGAUCUUGGUACAAAGCUCCCAAUGACAGCAGUGGAAAAACUACUGUGCCUAGAACAGUAUAUAGUUCAAAUCUGUACCCCAUCCAUUGGGCAAUAAUUAAGAGUGCAAUCUGGCCUCUCCACAAAAUAAAUUUGACAGCCCUCACCUACUUGUUCAUGAGUAGGUCUAGAACUAGAAUAGAGGGGCAUUGUAGACCACAGGCUGAAUACUGGCAGAGUUCUGUGUGGGAUCUUACACAGCUACUGCUCAUUCUAUGCCUGAAUUAGCUGAGCUUUUCCUUGUUUUCAGCAGUACUGAAAUAUCCAUCACAAUAUUAAAACAAUUAAAAGACACACAGGGGAAGAAACUGGCAUUAUGAUGUAAUCUCCAUCCAUUCUAUUACCAUUUACUAAACCAAAUGAGAUUUAACAGUCCCCAAACUGACUUACUGAAUAGAUCACCAGGGUAUAAAAACAUUCUAUAUCACACAUACAAAACAGUGUUUCUGCUAAGAGCCCUUGUAUGAUUUCAUAGGAAAUAUGUUAUCUGGGUACAUUGGAGACAGAUAAAAUUUGCAACUUGGGCUACAUUUAAAUUUAAUCAUGGGGCUCAGAAUCAACAAAAGUAGAGGAUUAUUUUAUUGAACUGUUUUAAUACAUUUGAAAUUUAAAAAGCAACUAUGAAAGCUGUAAAACUGACAAUGUGAAAUUUAAUUUGGCAUUGCUCAGCAAACCAAUGUAAUUUUUACAAAGGUUAGCUAAUCUUUAAUGACUAAAUGCUUAUACAAUACAAAGGGUAUUCCCAGCAGCAGAGUAACUUGAGAUGAAAGUGCUAAUGACUGAAAGUUACAACCAUAAAAUUACUGCAGAACAGAGCCACUGUGGAACAGUUUGAAUUAGACAAUUCUAAUUCAGUGGGUUUUUUUUCUUUUAAAUCCACAAAACAAUAAGUAAAAAUGUAAUCAAUGAUUUGGGAAUAAGGCAUCCAAUAGAUAAUGCAUCCCUUUAUCAGCUGGUUUCUCCAUUCCUGACUGUUUGCAGUAUCCCUUGUAUAUUAUUAUAUUUGUAUAUUUGCCAUCCACUGGACAAGGAUUUUAGUGUGUUGUGUUCUGCAAUUUUUUUUAAAAAGUUCCACUACAAAUCCCACAUACUAGACCAGUGGUUCUCAAAGUUAUUUGAUUGCGCCCCCCCUGCUUUGUGUCUAUAAUAGUUUGUGACACUCCUGCCCCCUCUCAUGCCACGGAAGUACCUAUACCAAUGUAUGUGGCAGCAGUGCUUCACUUGAAUCAAAUUUUGGCUUCUUUGUUUUUCACUUGAGUUGGGGGGUUUUCUGUUGCACAAAUGAGCCAGUGAUCCAUUGCAAUAAGAGCAAAAGCAAAACUGAUUGUGGUCCAUGCUUACAAUUAAAUAUCAGAGGGGUAGCCAUGUUAGUCUGUAUCCACAAAAACAACUAAGAGUCUGGUGGCACCUUAAAGACUAACAGAUUUAUUUGGGCAUAAGCUUUUGUGAGUAAAAAACCCAAAAGCUUAUGCCCAAAUAAAUCUGUUAGUCUUUAAGGUGCCACCGGACUCCUCAUUGUUUUUACAAUUAAAUGUGCACAUCACAUCAUAGCAAACAGAUUAAUAUAGAGAUGGCCAUGACUUUUUAUAAUCCAAUGCAAACUUAACAGAAAUCCAUGAAAAUGCACAGAGUCAUCUACAGUUAAAUGCACAGUGCCUGAUAUGUCUGGAGGAAUCAGCUUUGCUAGUUAUUCAUCACUAUGGGUAAAAUGUGCACAGUAAGUUUUUUUUUCCCCUAAAGCCUCUCACCCCACCCCAAAUACAUUCCACACACCCUAGGUGGGUGCCAGUUUGAGAACCUCUCUACUAGACAUAAUGUAUCAAUAAAACAUGUCUUUAAGUGCAAAUAUAAUAAAAUUAACAUUUCAUUAAUACUAUCCAUAACAACUUUAAUUCAGAACUGCAAAUCACACAAGGGUUAAUUCUUAUUUACUCUUAAAAGCUAAAACAUUUUUAAAAAAAUACAAAGCGAAGUAUUAAUAAAAUUACAGUACAUUUUACAACACUGUAGUUUUAUUAGGCUGUGAUUAGUUGCAGCAUGUCAGUUUCCCUGUUUGAGCCAGUCAAAAAUAGAUUAACAAUUACUCUUGGUUUGUUGUCAAGGUACACCAUACAUUAUGGCUUCGUUUUGCUUGGUUUGUCAGUGAACAGGAAAUCUCCAUGUGGCAAUAUCUUUCCAGAAACUUAACUGUUUCGAUUUUCAAAAUAUUCCCAGAUGGAAGUAUUAAAACAUAGAACAACCUCAAUACUGAGAUAAAGAUUGCAACCUGAACUAGAACACUCAAAAUUAAUUUAUCUUUUUAUUUGGAUUGACAAGAUGUUAACGUACAAACAAUUAAAAAAAUAAAAAGUUUACACAUAA